AUGAGGGUGCUUCACAGAAACUCAACGCCGUAUUCAACGGAUGUCCUUACUUCAAGUCAGAAUGGUUCAGAGCAACGCUGUCCAGAUGUAAGGUUGUCUCCCCGUAUUCUGCCUCAAAUAGCACUGGCUAGUUACCCCGGCUCCGGCAACACGUGGACCAGGCACCUCCUGCAGCAGAUGACAGGAAUUGCAACAGGGUCGGUGUAUAGUGACGAAGAUCUGAGACUCAACGGCUUUCCUGGGGAGAGUCUGUCCAAUGGUCAUGUGGUCGCUGUGAAGACCCACCAGUUGUAUGACGAGACGUUAUAUGAUAGGGCAAUUCUGCUGAUAAGAAACCCGUAUGAAACUUUCCUGUCCUUGUUCAAAUUUGUUCACGCAAACCACACAGGAGCGCCAAACAUCGACAAAUAUGUCACAGGAUGGACCAUGUUUGUUGCCAAAGGGAUUGAUAAGUAUAUUCAGUUCUAUACUUCCUGGAUGAAGCAUCUGGAUGUACUGCCUAUCUUCUAUGACAUGAUGAAACAGAACCUCACACAGGAGCUACACAGGAUUAAGACGUUCCUGGCAAAGUCUGGAAUUAAAGGGGACAUUCACUGCGCCUUGGCAGAUCCUAGUGGGAACCAUAAGAGAAAAGAUUCUUUGAUUCCUUUUGAUUUUUUCUAUUCUAAAAGAAAACGAACUACGAUGAAUUUAAUGAUCAAGCAAAUACGGAAUAUGUUCAAAGACCGGUUUAGAAAUGUUACAGAAAAGAUGGAGACCUGGUUGUUAUGA